AGCAGCUGAUUAUUUUUUUUUCCUUUGUUUACAAUUUUUCGGUUUUUUUUCAUGUUGCAAAAGAAUCGUUGUGCACUUAUCUAAAUAAACAAAUUAAUUUGUUUAGGACACCUGAAAUAAUUAUGGAAUUAGAUGAUGGUUUAGACGAUUUGUUAGCUGAAAUUUGUGAACCCACAUCCCCUAAACAAAUUAAACUUCAAAAUGACUCUGAAACCCAACCCGGUUCAUCAAAAGAAGUUCUUGCGAAACCAGCUGUUUCAAAGACCCACUGUGUUUUGGUAAAUCAAAAGCAGCGUGGUAACCCACUUUUGAAGUCUAUCACAAGUGUCCCAUGGGAGUAUGAUGAUAUUAUACCUGAUUAUGAAAUUGGAAAAUCAAUAUGUGUGCUAUUCCUGUCAGUACGAUACCAUAACUUGAAUCCUGACUACAUAAAUAACAGAUUAAAGGAGCUUGGCAAGAAAUAUGAGCUUCGUGUUCUGUUAGUUCAGGUAGAUUUGAAAGAUCCACAUAUACCACUAAAGAAUCUAACAAGAAUAUGCCUCCUGACUGACAUGACCUUAAUGCUAGCCUGGAGUCCAGAAGAGGCAGCCAAAGUGAUAGAAAACUACAAAAUAUAUGAAAAUAAGCCCCCAGACAGGAUCAUGGAAAAAAUUGAGAAUGACCCACAUCAGAAGAUUAUAAAUGCUCUUUCUUCAAUAAAGCCAGUGAACAAAACUGAUGCAAUGACAUUAGUUAAAACAUUUGGUACUUUAGAGAAUAUAAUAAAGGCAUCCGAAAGGAGGCUGGCGGAAAUCCCAGGUUUUGGAGCAACUAAAGCAAAAAAGCUUUACAAGGCAUUACACGAACCUUUUCUGAAACGGGGAAAUCUUGAUGUUAGUAAAGAAAAAAAUAAAGAUGAAGUGUUUUCAGAAGAUUUGAAUUUGGAAGAAGUGGAAUCAAUAGAGAAAGAAGUUACAAAAUAGCUUGUAAGUUUAAAUUAAUUUGUACAGUUUUAUAUUUUUAAGAUAUCUAUUUUAAUAUACUAUUGCAAGGAA